AUGGACUCAGAGACCGGCGUCUCAAAUAAGGAGUACACAGUCUUGUUCUUUCCGUCACUUACAGCUGCGAGAUUCCAAAGACCAUCCAUGAUGGCUUCAGUUUCGGAUCUAAGAACGUUGUAUCCGUCAUUCGACCAAAAUCCAACGCAGUACUUGGCAACCACCUCUCAUGGAAGAUCUGCCCGCGAUAGGCUGGUGAAGUGUAUGGGAGAUCUUUUCGUCGCAGACAGAGAGAAACACAAUAUUCCAGUUAGGGAUAUCUCGGCGGCAGGGAAAGUUGACAAAUACAACAUCCCCAAUGACGACAAAUUAAAGAAAACCCUCGGUGGCGUCCCAACAAGCGGAACGAGUAAUAUCUCAACAGAAGACAUCACUUCUCCUUUCAACCCAGACGCAAAAUGUCGAUUUGUACAUUUGUGCGCGGAAACCACCGUCGGGCGCCUGGAACUGAAUAUAAGGAUGCUGCUCCGCCUGGUGACUUUCUACCAAGUCAUGCCGCAGUUCCUGGAUUUUCUUCACGUAUACGCCUCACGUCAUAGCAGGGAUAGGGAACUCCGCUUCAGCGGCUUCAGGACAGACAAAACUCUGACGGAUCCUGUCGAUGGAGCCAUGAUCCCUGAACUCGGAAGGAGCGGCAGGAGGUAUCAGCUCUGCUUCAACCUCAAGACCGUAUCUCCCAAAGACGGAGGAGACUGGAAGAUUCGACAGGCUGUCUUCCAUCACCAGUUCGAUCUGGGGCAGGGCACUCAACUUUGGAUCAUCGGGGACCCUCACGCCACGCUCAAGAAACGCAUUGUAGAUCUCUUUCCAGAAUGGAAUCUCUAUCCAACGAGCUUCAGCACCGUCCAGCAGGGGUUCGCCACAUCCCUCGAAGUGAAUUUGGAUUUUGCGCAGUGGGCGACGUCGGAAUGGAGAUGGCACAUUUUGUUUCUCGAGGAGAGAGCAGAAGAGCUGACCAAGCCUGCUCGUAUCAGAGAAAAGGUGCAUAUCGAGAAGCUGGAGCCAGAGUCCCUGAGUGAUGUUCAGAAGUGGGAAGAAAAAACAAAUGAUACAAUCAUGGCCAUGGAAUCCAACGUGAACAUCAUGCGGCUCCAACAGAAGUUUUACCAGGACCUAGUCAAGGACGAUAACUUCCCUCAACGAGAGCAGGAGAAGUGCCGGAAAAAUGUGGAAUGCUACGUAUCACACCUGGAGGAGCUUAUUUGCGAGACUCAAAUGCAGAUAACGAGAGCCAACAUCCUGGUCAAGACGGUCGGAGACAGGAAGACGAUCCUCAUUCAGCACCUUCAGACGCAGAAUGCCAUCAUAGCUUCCAAGCUCACAGCCACAAUGUACGAACAAGCCGACCGCAGUGCUGUGGAGACCAUCGCAGUUAGGAUCGUGACCAUUGUUACUUUGAUCUAUUUGCCUGCAACUUUCUCUAGCACUUUCUUCAGCACAGAUAUUAUCAAGUUCGAGAAUGGCGAGGUUUUUUCGCAGGUCGCUCUGGAGCGGUUCCUCCAGGUCACGCUGCCCCUCAUGUUUCUGACGUUCUUUUCCGCCGGGCUAUGGUUCUGGAUGGAGUGGCGUAAACGCGCCCACAGAUCCCGUCGAUUCAAGAUUGAAUAUUCCGAUAUAUUCCCACAAGACGAAGAAAAAGUUUGA